CGACGACCGCUUUGUCAUUGGUUAUUACGUGUUCUAUAGAGAGACAGAUGAGAACGUAACGCUCUUCGGAGGACGUGACGCAUGUAACGACAAUGAGAUUUGGCGGAGAGACUUUUGGGAGUAUAACAAGAAGCAAAACAGGUCGGUUUUCAUAGAAGGACUGCGCCCGUACACGAGGUAUGCGCUGUAUGUUUCUGCGUCCUAUACGGAUGCAGAAAAAAACGGCAAGCGGUCGAAAAUAAUUUAUAUCACCACUUCCCCUACAAAUUCGACGCCUGUCCGGGAGAUCCGUGUAGCGCAUGCGACCUCCCAAAGUCUGGCACUCGCCUGGGGAGAACCUGCCAACCCGAAUGGAAUUAUUACAUUUUACGAAGUUAUUUAUGAAAAGACAUCCACGCACACCUUCAAUCCAGCCAUAUAUGCGCAUGUGUGCGACAAGGAUUUUGUCAGCUCACUGUCUGGGUCCGGCGUUAAACACACCUUUUCGUCUGGAAACGAGGGCAGCAUUACGAAUCCUUCCGCCUUGGGAGGAAAAAGUGAAGACGACGAGAGGAAGAAUGUUUGUUGCCAUUGCCAAGAUGGUCACGUUGUGUUAACAAAGGAGGACAGGCAACAUAACAUCGAGUUUGAGAACUACUUGCGACGAAAUAUUUACAUCAAAUACGAUGACGACGAUGAAGGAAAUUCAUUUCCUCGAAAUAAUCGACAACGAAGGGAAAUUACAGCGGAUUCGGAGAGAAGAAGGCAGCUUCAGGUUGUCAGGCCUAAGUCAUUCCUUGAAAGAAGGGGGAUUUUUUACCGGAGAACCACAAAUACGACCAGUCUAUUGCUGACAGAUCUCCAGUACUUUACAAGAUACAAGGUAAAACUACGGUCGUGUCAAGGCAGUGAGUCAGAACCAAGAUUUUGCAGUGAGUGGAAAGAGUACGAAGCCAUGACAUCACCGGACCGUAGAGGGGUCUGGCUGGUUCUGGACCGUUCUUGUGGCCUUCUUGUGCGGGGGAAUGCUGGGGAUCUGCAUUAUGGAGCUUACGGUUUGGUUCAGAAGGCGCCAACGGUCUGCGGGGCCCGAUACACCGCAAUACGUCACCCACAAUCCUAACUAUGGAGAAUUACUGCUUGGAGAUACGCUUCAGCAAAUCAAGGAGAAGUAUGUAAUCUCAAGAAAUGCUUUAGAAAUCGACUUAAACAAUAAGCUCGGAGAAGGCUGCUUUGGGCUAGUAUACGAAGGUGCACUUUCUAUGGCUUCAGGCACAGAACUAAAAGUGGCAGUAAAGGCUCUCAGUGAACAGUCAGCGUAUUCCGAAGUCAAGAGAUUCUUACAAGAAGCAGUUAUAAUGCAAGACAUCAACUCGAACUUUGUUGUACGUUUGGUUGGUGUGGUUGCCAACUUUCCCCCCAUUUACGUGGUGAUGGAGCUGAUGGAGCGCGGGGAUCUGAAAUCAUUUCUUAGGUCUGAAGUUGGAGGAUCUCUGACCCAAGAGAAAAUGGUGGAAAUGGCAGUUGAAGCCGCCGACGGCAUGGCUUACCUCGCCGCAAAAAAGUUGGUACAUCGCGACCUCGCUGCUCGCAAUUGCAUGCUAGAUGAAAAUCUUACACUUAAGAUUGGAGAUUUUGGUUUUACCAGAUACCUCAGCACUGAAUACUACCGGAAACAAGGGCGAGAACUGCUGCCGGUGCGUUGGAUGGCUCCAGAAUCACUCCAGUAUGGUCGUUAUUCUUCUCGGUCAGAUGUAUGGAGUUAUGGCGUUUUACUGUGGGAAAUUGUUACAAGAGGAGUGCUUCCUUAUCAGGGUUAUGUGAACGAAGAAGUAUGCGCUCUAGUCAUAUCUGGAAUGCGACUGGAGCGACCACAUAAUGGACCAGAAUUUAUUUUCUCCCUAAUGGUACAGUGUUGGAAAUCACAGGCUAAAGAACGGCCAACUUUUAUCCAGCUUGUAAGGCUUCUCUUAACUAGGACGUCACCAGAAUAUCUGAGUUACUUCGAGAGGGUGUCAUUCUUUCACAGCUCCAGCUGCUGUGAUUCGGAGAGCACGGAGGAUAAUGACGAAGGCUUCAUUGCCAGUGGUUCACUGGAUCCUAGCAUUGAGGAUGAGGAGGCAAGGCAUUCUCUUUCAAACUCCCUGCCACACUCCCUACACCACGUGGAAGACGACCAGGUUAGAUUUUCUACUUUAUUAUAAUGGAAUA